AUGAGCACAAGAGACAAGCGUUUCUCUAAAAUUGGAAGGGAUUCGCGCUUUAUACAACUAGAAUCACGAACAUCUCGUAAAGAAAACGUCGAUGGUGAUGCCCGCUUUGCAAACCUGGGCAAGUCUAUUGCGGACAUGGCCAUGGAAACAAAGUCGUCUAAGACUCAUAGUACAGAAGAAAUGCAGUCUGACCAUUCUAGUGAUGAGCAUGCAGAGCCAAUAGAAGAGGAGUAUCCUCUUAAUUCUGACGAUCUUGAGGACGAAGUAAUUCCAUACGUGGACGGAGAAGAAUCAACGUCUUUGGCCAUCGUUAACAUGGAUUGGGACCACAUAAAAGCUGCCGAUCUGUAUGUCGUGCUCCAUUCCUUUCUGCCAGCGACAGGAAAGCUGGAGCAUGUCAGGGUGUUUAUGUCUGAGUUCGGACGUGAGAGAUUGGCCCAGGAAGCAGUCAAAGGCCCGGGAUUGGAUGCUUAUGUCGAUAAGGAGCGAGAAAAGAUAUUUGCUGAAUACCGGAGGAACAUGGACAGCGGGGCGGUAGAGUUUAAGAACACUAAGCAGGUGCCGGUGACGAAGUUAUCUUCAGAAUACUACGACAUUAAGGAUUACUUUGAUGCUAACGCUGAUGAAGCAGAAGCAGCUGCAGAGAAUGCUAUUCGGCGCUACGAGCUCGACCGCAUGCGUUAUGCCUUUGCAAUAGCUAAGUUUAAUUCCAUACAGACCGCUUCUAACAUUUACUCGCAGUUAAAUGGCGUGCUCUUUGAACGCUCCAGUUGCACACUAGAUCUGCGCGUAGUUAUGUUGGAGGACGAGGCUCAGUUCCUGAAGGGGGACAAACUGAUUCCCGUUGCAGAAGGAGGAUGGCUGAUGGACGCGUGCUUUUCUUUUCCGCAACUCUACGCUGCAAAAGAUGACUUCGAAACGAAAGCGCUCCAAAAGACAAAACCCGAGCUCACAUGGGACCAAACAGAUCCUGAUCGGUUGAAGAUAACCACCCGGAAACUAUCGAACGAGGAGGCGCACGAUUGGGCAAAUGACCCGGCCAACCAGUUUAUUGCCAUGAGCGAUGAAGAUGAGAGCGAUGGAGCAGGCCGCUUUGAUCUUUUAACAGGUAAUCAUAAGACAGAAGAUGAUAGUAGUGACAGCAAUGAUGAUGAUGAUGGAAGCAGUAUCGGAUCAGAUGAGCCACAGCACGGCAAGCACAGUAAGCACAGCAAAGACGACCUUUUUAUAAGCUUUGAUUCCAUACUAACAGGUAGUUCAGUACCAGGUCGGUCAAUAAUGGCCCCAACUGUGCAAACUCCGUUUCAAAAGUACCUUGAGCAGCGGACAAAAGAGAAAAAGGCCAAUCAACAAGCUCAGAAGGAUGAAACAGCACUUGCGAGUUCCCCUAAAGGUCGCGCUGAUGAUAGUAGUUUCAGUCUAGUUGUGACUAGAAAGGAGAAGCUCCUUCAGCAAAAGAUCAGUGACGCCAAGCUAUCGGGAAACUCUCGCAAGCUGAGGCGGCUAACCAGCGACCUGCAGAAGCUCUACGAUGAGAACCCGUGGCUAUCAUCCACUGCAGUUUCAGAGGGUGACAUUCUGGCUGAUGACCGUUUUGCAGCGGUUCUGCAGAAUGGGCGGGAAUUCCACAUCGACACGUCCAUCCAGGAGUAUCGAGAGGGAGGCGAUCUAUCGUCGGUGAUUACUGCUCAGCGAAAAAUCAGACGGUGA